AUGUCCUGCGUGACCAGCAAAUCCCUACCGGGUGAGGCACCCACACCCCCGAUGAAGCGGCCUGGCUUCCCUUUACGCCGUUGUGUCUGCUGUUCGAAUAGGACGUCGUGGUCAUGUUCUUGGGGAGAAUACAGAGGUAGAAACCCCAGCUCCUUUCCUCCGAGUGUUUUGAAGACGAGUCACUACCUCGACCCUGGACCUGGCUUGGUGGAUCUUCCCCUUGAGUCGAUUUCCGCAGGUACAUGGAAUGGACUCUCCAAUCUCAACAUCCUUGUACUGUUUAACAUAUCAGGCACUUUGACUAAGCUCGAUAAGUUCGCCUCUGACGAGUUACCAGCCUUGCAAAAAGCAUACGUUGAUGACUACCGUCUUUGUUGUGCCUUAUCCAAGUUGCAGCAUUUUUCUAUCGAGCAAGAUUGUUUAACUACAAAGCCUAAACCAGCUUUGAAUCUGUGCGACAGCCUUAUGCCAAAUAACAUACUGCGAGCGGCGUUGUGGGUUUUGGGAAUGAGCGCGCUUAUUGGUAAUUUCUCUGUCCUGAUUUGGAGGCUUAUGCAGAAAGGGGACGGAGGGGGUAAAAAGACACUCUCAUUUAUGGUAGGAAAUCUGGCUAUCGCGGACUUCAUGAUGGGUGUGUACAUGUUAAUCAUAGCUGGUGCAGAUCUUACAUUUGGCGAGGACUACUUUCUUGUGGCUCCUGAGUGGCGCACCAGCGCAUUGUGCAAACUUGCUGGAGUUCUGUCAGUUCUGUCCAGCGAGGCUUCGGUGUUUUUUGUGACACUCAUCAGCGUAGACUGCUUCUUAGGCAUUGUGUUUCCGUUGAAAAGAUUCUCUCUGGGAGGAAAAUCAACAACAAUCAUCAUUGGUAUCUUAUGGUUUCUGGCACUUUGUCUGAGUAUCGUGCCGACACUUUCAUUUGGGUCUGAUUCUGAUAUAUAUGGACUUUCGGAUGUUUGUAUCGGCCUGCCCCUUACCACUAAGGCAUCUGAUGUGAUAUUGAGAAGGUCGACGGAGUCUUUGUUUUGGGUUCACGGCUUUGAAAGUGCCCACGCCACAGGUGAGAAACCAUCUUGGAUCCUGUCAAUCGUUCUCUUCCUUGGGGUCAAUCUAGUUUCUUUUCUUCUUGUCCUGUGUUGCUACGUCGCCAUCUUCAUCAGUGUCAAGCACACAAGAAGUACUGUCGGAGUGAAUGCCCACAGGGAGCGUGAUUUUAAAAUGGCGGCCAAGAUGGCGCUGAUCGUGAUGACGGAUUUCUGCUGCUGGAUGCCUAUAAUCAUCCUGGGGAUUCUGUCUCAGACGGGAACAGUCACUCUAUCCACCGAGGUGUAUGCAUGGGUUGUGGUUCUGGCUCUACCAAUCAACUCGUCCCUGAAUCCUGUCCUUUACACUUUCCUCACAGUUUGUUGCGCGACUAAACCAAAAGUAAAACACCGAAAGUGA